AGGAACUGGAGAACAUUUUUCCCCCCUGUCUGUAUUCUAAUGAGAGGGCUGAGCUGGAUUAUCUGGGAGGUUUCCCUCUCUGGAAUCUCGCCUGGCUUGUGUGUGUGUCAGACUAUUUGUGUGCUAAAUGAGCAAAUGUGCUGCUCUUGCACAGAGAAGUAAUACCCGGAGCUGCUAUCCUGUUUGGUAUCUUGUCCUGGGCACUUGGAUUAUUCCUAUGCAAACAGAGAGCAGAAACAACCAGAAACAAAGUCAAUUACGGAAGACCAAUACUGCUCCCAUAAUGAGUUCUGAGAAUGAAGUAAGCAUAUCAAAUAACGUCGUCAACGGAGUGACCCCUAGGUGCAACAUGCCAGAAAAAGCAGAUGCAUCUCCUUUAAGUGCCCGUUCAGUCUCUGCUGUUAAAAUCAUUCCGGUGAAGACUGUGAAAAGUUUUCCUGAUCUUGUUCCAACUGCAGAUGUGGAUCCUGCUAAACUUUGUGCAGGGAAAGGAGCAGUCACUCUUCGGACCUCUCCGGUUCAGCUGGAAAGUCAGAAAACUACAAUGACACUGGACAUUGAACUCUCUCCAUAUGAUGCCCCAGCAGUGGAUGUGACCGAUGAUGACAGGCCUCCGUCAGUAGCCGAGACCAACGGAGAUUCUCAGCACUCAUGCCUAGCAUCUAAAGGCUUUCGCAGUGUUCGCCCCAAUCUCCUUUUUGACAGCAAGUCACAGAAAACUCAUCCUCCUCCAGUUCCACCUCCUCCCAAAGAGGAGAGCUUUGCAUGGCGACCACAUACGAACACUAAAUUCUCUUAUUUGAAACCUGUGCCUAUUCUGGACUGUAUUUACCUGAGUUCUCCCAAACCUUACGUGCCUUACGCUGCAGCAUGUACUAAUGCCGAGCUGGCUAUCCCUGCCUUUACUCCCAGUGGAACCCAAACUAUUCCGGGCGAUCAUGCUAACACCCCAGCUUCUUCCAUCCCCACUGAAACACAACACACUGCUUUUAGUUCCUUGUUAUCAAACACGUCACCAAAACACUGCCCCAGUGAGCCUGGCAUUGCAGAUAGUAGUGUUGCUGGAAUGAAUUCCAGUCAUGAGACUAAAAAAGAUAAAAAGGUCAGCAGUCUAUAUGUAGCUUGUUUAUCUAACAGCACUGGCUCAGCUGCAUCUGAAAAUCCCACUGGCGUUGCACAUGAUAAAACAGAGAGUGCUGAAUUGGAAGCUGAUGUAACUAAAUCACCAGCCACAAACAUUGUUCCUUCGUUAAUAGACACCGGAAAAUCCCCUCCUCCUGUCCCUCCCAGGCCAUUCUUUGACCCUGUCCCAAGUAAAGAUUCCUUUAGCUCCGGUGACAUAUACACUUUCUGGAGUCCAUGUCCUCUACAUCAAGAUAUGGGACGCACAGAGCUAGACACACAGCAACCUGCUGGCCAUGUGAACAUGACUGCAAAGGAUCCCUACCUUUCAUCAAAGCCACAAUAUCCCUUACGGCAAAAGGGAUACCGCCGCAUGGAUGGCACUUCAGUCACAGCUCAGCCUGAUGUUAUAAUAGUCCCACUCAUCCAGGUUAAAGCUGAAAGAAAGCAAGAAGGCACUUCGAGCACUCCACCACCACCUCUUGUACCUGCUGGCAAACUUUCAGCCUCCCCAGAGCCUGACACCUCCCAAUUGGCUUUUCCUACACUUGAUGAUUUUAUCCCCCCUCAUCUGCAAAGGGGAUCAAACCAUAACCCGAGCUCUCCCACUAUUUCUAUACAAAACUGUCAGCCACCACUCUCUCCACCACCUUUACUGCAUCCUCCAGUAACGGAGGAUUUGCGCAGAGUCUCGGAACCUGAAAUCGGUGGAGUCAUCUCACCCACAGAACCUGUAACAGAUGAAGCCAUAGUUGCAAGUGUAAUCAGUGAUAAACCGUCUUCAUUUACACCUGUCCCCAAAGCCUCUGUGUAUCCUUCAACAACCACUGUAAACCCAACCAUUGUACUCCUGCAACAUAACAGAGAACAGCAAAAACGGCUUAGUAAUGCGCCAGACCCCGCGGUAACUAGAUCUGCUGAUGAAAAGCUUGAGCCGUUAGCAGCACAGGAGAAGAAAUGCCAGGAUAAUACUCAAAGACUGAAGCCAGCCAUGGAUUACACGAGAAGAGACACCCGAAGUCCUGAGUUUACAGGAGACGCGGUGGAUGAAAUAGGCAUUCCCCUUCGGAACACAGAAAGGUCAAAGGAUUGGUACAAGACAAUGUUCAAACAGAUUCACAGGCUAAAUAAAGAUGAUGAAUCUGACUCCUACCCAUCCUAUGGGCGCAAUUCAUAUUUGGACGAUGCCAAACCGCAAGCUGGGGUGCCUCGUUCCAAGAGUGAGAUGGAUAAUAUUGAUAUUGAUCAGAACAUGCGGAGAUCGGUCACUCUCCCUUUGCCAGCACGCUCCUCCUCCUUAAAACCCAGCCAUGAAAGGAAUGACUGGGAUCCCCCAGACAAAAAGGUCGACACCAGAAAAUACCGUGCUGAGCCAAGAAGCAUUCAUGAGUAUCGGCCUGGGAAAUCCUCAGCCCUUGCCAAUGAGAAGAUGACUCGGGAUAAAAGUCCUGAAGAGAUAGAUUUAAAGAAUGAACCUUGGUAUAAAUUCUUUUCGGAGUUGGAAUUUGGGAAACCGCCUCCAAAAAAGAUAUGGGAUUAUACUCCGGGGGAUUGCUCAAUCCUUAAAAUAGAGGAUAGGAAGACUGAGCUAGAGAGAGACCUCUAUCAGUACGAGACUGAGUUAGAUGCAGAUUUAGAAAGAAUGGACAAGUGUUUUAAGGCUCCUGAUAAAAGGAAUGCAACUGUAAGUCAUCCGGAGGACAUUCCAUCCUACAGGGGGACAGAGGCCUCGCCUGUGGAUCCUGCACUCUCUGAAAAUGAAAGGCAAAUCUACAAGAAUGUUUUAGAAGGUGGUGAUAUUCCAUUUCAAGGACUUAGUGGCUUCAACAGACGCCCCUCUAGCUCAGCUUCUAAUAAAGGUGGGAAUGCUCAUAAGUUGUCACUUUCUACAAUUAACAACCGAACGUUUAGUAGCUCUUUAGGCAACAUGUAUAAGCAGAAGUCCUCUCUGUCAGCUGCAAAAGCUUUUAUAGGAGAAAUCCUACCAUCUCGGUUCAAACCAAUUGUCCCACUGCCAGCUACCUCCCAGUACAAGCACAAUGUACCAUCAACUCAGCAGAAAGCACAGAGCUACGAGGACUUGCUUGAACCUCGGACAUCAUUUGAAAACAAACAAAUGAGCAGUGGAAAAGUAGGAGGGAGCAUGGAAAAUAUGUUGUCAAAAUCUUACAGAGAUUACAAGGUAAAGUCAGGCAGUACUAUGAGUUUGCAAGAAUACAGCAUAAAUGCCACCAAAUGCCCUUUUGCACCUAAUUUUAGUUCAAGCAAUGCAGAAUUCACAGUGAUGUACAAAGGCAUGCACCAAAUUAACCGUUCAACGCUGCACUGUGCAUUGUCCUGCUCCAGUGUCAGAGACAUUGCUAAUAGUUUUGAGAAAGAGAUGAGGAGCAGAUCUUCUGUUGAUGACCUUGACAGCUCAGAAUAUAUCCCUAAGCACACAGUGUCCUCCCGUGUAACCGCUUUUGAGCAGCUGAUACAGAGAUCCAGAUCUAUGCCUUCCUUAGACUGUUCCAGUGGGCCAAAUACCUCAUCCACACCAUCACAAACAAGAAAUGGGAUGCUAUCUGCAUGUUCUGCUGAAUCACUUUUAGAUCCACCAGUGAAAGGAAAUGAAGACAAAGAUGUCCAGGUCACAAAACACACAGCCUCUACACCUAGCAGUAAUGUGGAGGAGAUGAGUUCAGAACACAAGGACAUUGCCAUUGUAAAUAUCCCUUCAGGCCACACUGAUGAGGUUGACCAUAUUUCUAAUGCAUCUACUGACAGCUGUGCUAAUUCAAACAAAGUGCCCCAUAAAUACAAACUUAACACCUGCAAGAGCUCCUGUCCUGCUUCCUACACAAGAUUUACAACCAUUCGGAAGCAUGAACAGAAGAAGUCACAAACCUUGCAGUCAAAAGUUCAUAAGCAAGUGGAUCAAAUGAUUUUUCAAAGAAAUAUAUAUCUUAUUAGUCCACUCCCAUUCAAGGUACAAAAGCCCUUCCACAAGAACCCAAAAAUACCUUCAGAUAAUACAGCGAAGCAGAGGGACCUGGUAGCUCUAGCCAGAAAAAGCCCAAUAGAUACAACAGUAGAACCUCCAAAGAGUACAGAAGAGAGGCCUAGCCUUCCAGCACGCCAGUCUUCAUAUGAUAUUGUUGGAAGGCUGAGCUCCCUAAGCGUAGACGGCCUUGAGCAGGAUAAUUCCACUCUAGAAUCCCAUUGCCCUGAUUCUCUAAAUAAUGGAGAUAUUGUCUCAUUUCCUUUAUUUUACAAUUUGGAUUCAAACAACAACAGUCAGCCGAACGAACACGGAACAUUUACAGGAGAUUCAGAAUCUCCAAGACACUUUGCCCCUGUUGAAUAUAUGGAUGUACCAGAAGAACGUCUCCGCAAAAGAUAUGACAGCAAAGAGAAACUUAUAGAGGAUCAGAGAAGACAUAAGCGUGAGCAAGAAGAAGCUGAUAUUGCCGCCAGAAGGCACAGUGGGAAUGUCCCAUCACAUCAUCAGUUUAUUACUAAUGAGCGAUUUGGGGACCUCCUUAAUGUAGGCGAUUCAUCAAAAAGGAGAUCUCGGUCUGAGAUGAAGCAGGCAAGAGCCAAGUAUGAUUUUAAAGCACAGUCUCUGAAGGAGCUACCCCUUCAGAAAGGAGACUUGGUUUACAUUUAUAGGCAAAUAGAUGAGAACUGGUUUGAAGGAGAACAUCAUGGCAGAGUCGGGAUCUUCCCAAUAUCAUAUAUUGAGGUAAUCCCAGAAACAGAGAAAGUCCAGCUAAGGAAAGCAUCGCCACUGCAGGUUCUGGAAUAUGGAGACUCUGUUGCCAAGUUUAACUUUAAUGGAGAUACUGCUGUGGAGAUGUCAUUUAAGAAGGGUGAGAGAAUUACACUGAUAAGGAGAGUUGAUGAAAACUGGUAUGAAGGAAAGAUAUCGGGAACAAGCCGUCAGGGUAUAUUUCCAGUCAGCUACAUUGAGAUUGUCAAAAGACCAAGACUGAAGAAUUCAACAGAUUACAUGGACCUUCCAGUUUCUUAUUCACCAAACAGAAGUACUAGUGCUUCCCCACAGUUUUCUGGCUAUACCAGGCCACGCACUACUACUCCACCCACUGCCAUACGCAGAGCCUUCUCUCCUGAGGUGCAGGCUAUUACAUCUGAAUGGAUUUCUCUGACAAUGGGCGUACCCCGCAAUAACACUCCCAUUGUCACCCCUCCUGUGCCACCUCUACCUGAAACUAUGCUUUGUACCAUAGACUAUAUCACCCCAUCUGCGGCAGCCAGUCCUACAUUAUCAGUUACACCAUCUGUCAGUCUUCAUAAUUGCAAUGUCUCGGGGAAUUCCACCCCAUACUCUGCCAUGUCUCCAUUGCCUACAUAUCCAUCUAGGCCUCAGUCUGCAACGCAAAUAAGUUACGUUAUUUCUCCAGUUAGUGAAGAAAAGCUGGCAGGCUCCAGUUACGGAGGCUCACCUGUGCAGUUUUCUCAGCACGAUAGCUUGAUUUCAGAAUCGAGUGACGUUGUACACAAUCAGUACAAGUUAAGCAGCGAUGAUGACCCAAUAGCCAAUGGAGAGCUCAAUGAUCUCAGAAUCCCCACUAAUACAAUGACAAAGGCCCCCAUCCUACCAAGCAGAACCCAAGGGGUGACCCCAGCAAGUAAAGCAACUUCAGAUUCAUAUGAGGAGAACCAGUUGUGUAAGGAGCUUCUUAACAUUGUAAAUAGUGGCCAAGAAGAAAUUAAGGGAAAUGAGUGCAGUUUCCCCAAGACUGCAGACACAAUAUCUGUCUAUCCUUAUGUGCUGUCCUCUUGUCCUGUCACAUACCAACCACCUCCCAGACUUAAAGGCAGGGCCAUUUUGCCACAGCCUUGCAGAUCUGACGGCGAACAGACAGGAAGGGCGUCUAAAAGUCCUGUAAUGAUUACAGGCUCCCCGGUUAAUACCCUGAACUCAAAUUCUAUUGUGCGUCCUGAUCACACACUGAGCGCAGGACCAGAGCUCACAGAGUCUGAAAAGAGCUAUGUGCAACCUCAAGCACAACAGAGAAGGGACAGCCUAGAAAGGAGCCAGACGCCACAAGACACAUAUACCUAUCAGGCUUUGUAUAGCUAUACACCCCAAAAUGAUGAUGAGCUGGAGCUCAGAGAAGGGGACUUUGUUGAUGUUAUGGAAAAAUGUGAUGAUGGCUGGUUUGUAGGUACUUCUAGAAGAACCAAACUCUUUGGUACUUUUCCAGGCAAUUACGUAAAAAUAGUAUUCUAUUAAAGAAGAUGGUGUUUAGAUUUGUUGGGAAACAUCCAUACGGAGCCUUGCUUGUGGAAAUGAUGCUAACCGAAAGCCCUUGCUGAAUGUAUUAGAUAAAGUUAUUUAUAGAGGUAUAUGGUUUACAUGUGUCAGUUCUGGGUUUUAAGAAGUGGCCCUCUGAUUUCUUUAUAUAUGAUGAAGUUAAAACAUAUUUCUUACAAUUUAUAUUAAACUUGUUGCCUUUGAAAUAUGUUAUUUAAGUUCUAAAUCUGAGAUUUUCACUUUUAUUUUUGUUUCAAACCUUUUAAUCAAAAUGAGGAAUGACAAAUAUUUUUUUAUGUUCAUUUCAGCUGUUACAUUUAUAUAUUUAACAGCCUAAAUGACACAGUUCAAGGCAACAGAGAAUAAUUAUUUUAAAGGAAAACAAGAUAAGCCCCAAGAGCUAAAAACGUUCAUUUGACUAAUCCCUUUACUGUGUUGAGGUUUAACUCCCCAGAAUCUCUCCAGAAUGAAGUUGAAAGUUGUAGUUCAGUUGUAACGGAGUGCAGGCAUUAGUCUUUAACCAAAUGAUAUGAGAUAAUUAAUAAGCAAUGAAAAUUGUAAUUUUUUAAACAUAAAUUAUAUGUUACAAUACAUGACAUGAAAAGAGGUUAUAGGAAUUUUUGUGUGCUAUAGAGAAUAUUUGCUUUAGAGAAUAUUUGUGCACAAAACCGUGGGGGAAGAAAAAUCUUUAAGCAUCAUUCAUAAUAGUGCUCUGAAUGCACCAACAGUGUUCAUGAGAGUUUGUUGCCUUUAUUGCUAUCUGAACAAAUCAACAGUCAUGACAAAAUAACAAGUAUUAUAAGGUGAUUGCUAUGAGAAGUAGAUACAGUUUGCAAAUUAGAGAAUCUUUUUUUGGGGGGGGAGAAGAGUUCCUAUUCUGUUUUGAAGCUAAAGGCCAAUAAUUGCAACUGUCCAUAAUACUGAAAUUCAGGUUUUUCACAGACACCUGUUUGCUAUAAGUACAGCUUUUGUGCCUUGUCUUGAGUGCACGCAGUGGCCCUUACCGGUCACUUGUUUGGUGACUCUCUUAUAAUCUUUUCAUGAGCUAAAUUGCCUGAGGUACAGAAUCAGUGAUAUAAAAUGAAAUGGGGACUUUUCUACUUGUUGCUCUUUCAUUUAGCAUGAGAGCUCCUACAGUAAACCUGAUAACUCAAAAGGCCCCGUACAUGGGCCGAUAAAAGCUGCCGACAGACUAAGUCGGCAGCUUAUCAGCCCGUGUGUAUAGCCACCUGGCGGGCUGUCUCUAUCCAUAUCUGGCCAAAAGUCGGGCAAGAUGCCAAUCGGGCAGGUUAGAAAAUCCCAUUGCAUCUUUUUGUUGAUUCAGUCCCGCGAUCCUACUGCCCCAUUGGGCCUCCGUUCUGAUCCGAUCGUUGGGCCCUAGGGCCCAUGAUAGGAUCAGCCUAUCACCCACUUCAAUGUGGGCAUAUCGGGGAGAGAUUCGCUUGUUUGGUGACAUCACCAAAUGAACGGAUCUCUACGUCUAUGGCCAUCUUUAGGAUAUAUGUUAUCAGAACUAUUUACCCCCCUGAUUGAGGCACAAGGCCAGCAUAUGACCAUUGACAUCACUAGCUGGGUAUCCAAUCACGGGAGACCCCCUGAACAAAACCACCUUAUAAAAUGUAAU